AAAUUAUGCCAGCAGCACCAGAGUCCCUCCCUCUGGUGACGUGCCAGCCCAUUGGUCAGACCGCCCUGUGCCCCUCAUUUAGCCCCACCCUCUCUCCUGGCAGAUCCAUGCUGCUGGACACGCCCCACAGAGCCACGCCCACACCAUGAGUGCCAACGGGCCAGCCAACGCCCCUGCGGCCCCGGCUGCAACCCCAGUUACCCCGCCGGUGCCCAGUCCGGUAGCCGCCCCUCCGGCUGCCCCGGUCCCGGUGUCGACUGUCCCGGUGGGCGCAUUGGCACAAAAGAAGCGGGCGCAGUACGCCAAAAGCAAGAAGCAGGGGAGCAACGCCAACACCAGGCCAGCCAGGGCCCUGUUCUGCCUCAAACUCAACAAUCCCAUACGAAGAGCCUGCAUCAGCCUGGUAGAGUGGAAGCCAUUUGAUAUCUUUAUAUUAAUAGCUAUUUUUGCCAACUGUAUGGCCUUAGCUGUGUACAUCCCCUUCCCUCAGGAUGACUCCAACUCCACCAACCAUGACCUGGAAACGGUAGAACAUGUCUUCCUCGUCAUUUUCACUAUUGAAACCUUUCUGAAGAUUAUCGCCUACGGUUUAGUGGCGCACCAGAACGCGUAUGUGAGAAACGGAUGGAACAUGCUGGAUUUUGUCAUCGUCGUUGUCGGGCUGUUCAGUGUUGUCCUGGAGCUUUUGACCAAAGACUCUGUUGAGACGAAGGAGGAAGCGGAGGCGGGUGCGGCUGCGGCGGCCGCUGCGGCGGCAGCGCUCCACCCCUCCGCCCAAGGCCACGGGGGAAAGUCGGGCGGCUUCGACGUCAAAGCCCUCCGAGCCUUCCGUGUGCUGCGACCCCUACGCCUGGUCUCAGGAGUGCCCAGUUUACAGGUUGUGUUGAACUCCAUUAUUAAAGCCAUGGUUCCUCUCCUCCACAUCGCCCUGCUGGUCCUGUUUGUCAUCAUCAUCUACGCCAUCAUCGGCCUUGAGCUCUUCAUUGGUAAAAUGCACGCUACCUGCUUCUUCCCCAGCACAGGCAUGAUAGCGGAGGACGAGCCGGCUCCAUGUGCGAUCUCAGGGCACGGGCGCCAGUGUCCCAUCAAUGGCACCGAGUGCAGGGAGGGCUGGCACGGCCCCAACGACGGCAUCACCAACUUUGACAACUUCCUGUUCGCCAUGCUGACCGUGUUCCAGUGUAUCACCAUGGAAGGCUGGACAGACGUGCUCUACUGGAUGAAUGACGCUAUGGGUCUAGAGCUUCCAUGGGUCUACUUUGUAUCUCUGGUCAUCUUCGGCUCCUUCUUUGUUCUGAACCUGGUUCUGGGAGUGUUGAGCGGAGAGUUCUCCAAGGAGAGAGAGAAGGCCAAGGCUCGUGGAGACUUUCAGAAACUGAGAGAGAAGCAACAGCUGGAUGAGGACCUCAAGGGCUACCUGGACUGGAUCACUCAGGCCGAGGACAUCGAUCCAGAGAACGAGGACGAGGAGGGCUACGAGGAGGGCAAACACAACCGGGUGACUCUGGCUGACCUCACAGAGAAGAAGAAAGGAAGCAGGUUUGGGUGGUUCAGCCAGUCCUCCGACACUCAUGUGAGUAUACCAGCCAGUGAGACGGAGUCGGUGAACACAGAGAACGUGGCCGAGGAUGAGGUGAAGACACCGUGCUGCGGACCUUUUUGUCAAAAAAUUUCAAAGUCAAAGUUCAGUCGGCGCUGGCGUCGCUGGAACAGGUUCUGCCGCAGAAAGUGCCGGGUGGCGGUGAAAUCGGUGCCUUUCUAUUGGCUGGUGAUCAUCCUGGUGUUUCUCAACACGCUCACCAUCUCCUCCGAGCACUACAACCAGCCUGACUGGCUCACACAAGUACAGGACGUGGCAAACAAGGUUCUGCUGGGCAUGUUUACGUGUGAGAUGAUGACCAAGAUGUACAGUCUGGGCCUGCAGGCCUACUUUGUGUCCCUGUUCAACCGAUUUGACUGCUUCGUGGUGUGUGGAGGCAUCACCGAGACCAUCCUGGUAGAGCUGGCCAUCAUGUCUCCUCUGGGCAUCUCCGUGUUCCGCUGUGUCCGCUUGCUCAGGAUCUUCAAGGUCACACGUCACUGGCAGUCUCUCAGUAACUUGGUGGCGUCGCUGCUCAACUCCAUGAAGUCCAUCGCCUCCCUGCUGCUCCUGCUCUUCCUCUUCAUCAUCAUCUUCUCCCUGCUGGGCAUGCAGGUGUUCGGGGGCAAGUUCAACUUCGACGAGACGCAGACCAAGAGGAGCACCUUCGAUAACUUCCCCCAGGCACUGCUCACUGUGUUUCAGAUCCUGACGGGUGAAGACUGGAACGCUGUGAUGUAUGACGGCAUCAUGGCGUACGGCGGCCCUUCUUCCUCGGGGAUGAUCGUCUCCUUCUACUUCAUUAUCCUCUUCAUCUGCGGAAACUACAUCCUGCUGAACGUCUUCUUGGCUAUCGCUGUGGACAAUCUGGCAGACGCAGAGUCUCUCAACGCUCCAGGAGACAAAAAGGACGAGAAAAAGGAAGAGGCACCAGUGGAGGAGGAAGAGGAGAAUGCUGCAGCAGAGGAGGAGGAGGAGCCAGAGGUUCCAGCAGGGCCACGCCCAGCCAUCUCUGAGCUGGUCAAGAAGGAGAAGAUCACCCCCAUCCCUGACGGCAGCGCUUUCUUCAUCUUCAGCAAGACCAACCCGAUCCGGGUGGGAUGUCAUAGACUCAUCAACCACCACAUCUUCACCAAUCUCAUCCUGGUCUUCAUCAUGCUCAGCUCUGUCUCCCUCGCUGCAGAGGACCCCAUACGCAACUUCUCCGCACGCAACAUCAUACUUGGUUACUUUGACUAUGCUUUCACGGCUAUCUUUACUGUUGAGAUCCUGUUGAAGGUCCUAGGCUAUGCAGAUUAUGUCUUCACUAGCAUGUUUACAUUUGAGAUCAUGUUGAAGAUGACCACAUACGGAGCGUUCCUCCAUAAAGGGGCGUUCUGUCGGAACACCUUCAACCUGCUGGAUCUGCUGGUGGUGGGGGUCUCCCUGGUCUCCUUCUGCAUCCAGUCCUCCGCCAUCUCUGUGGUGAAGAUUCUGAGAGUCCUGCGAGUGCUCAGGCCCCUGAGGGCCAUCAACCGAGCCAAGGGCCUCAAGCACGUGGUCCAGUGUGUGUUCGUGGCCAUCAGGACCAUCGGUAACAUCAUGAUCGUCACCACGCUGCUGCAGUUCAUGUUCGCCUGCAUAGGGGUGCAGCUCUUCAAGGGGAAGUUUUACCGCUGCACGGACGAAGCCAAGUCUGGCCCCGACGAUUGCAAGGGCACCUACAUCCUUUAUAAGGACGGGGACGUGAACCAGCCGUUCAUCCAUAAGAGAGUGUGGCACAACAGCGAGUUCAACUUUGACAACGUGCUCAUGGCCAUGAUGGCUCUGUUCACGGUGUCUACCUUCGAGGGCUGGCCUUCGUUGCUCUACAAAGCCAUAGACUCGAACAGGGAGAACCUGGGUCCCAUCUACAACUACCGCAUCGAGAUCUCCAUCUUCUUCAUCAUCUACAUCAUCAUCAUCGCCUUCUUCAUGAUGAACAUCUUUGUGGGUUUCGUCAUCGUUACAUUCCAGGAGCAGGGAGAGAAAGAGUACAAGAACUGUGAGCUGGAUAAGAACCAGCGUCAGUGUGUGGAGUAUGCCCUGAAGGCCCAUCCGUUGAGGAGGUACAUCCCUAAGAACCCCUACCAGUAUAAGUUCUGGUACGUGGUCAACUCCACCGGGUUUGAGUACAUCAUGUUCGUCCUCAUCAUGCUCAACACACUCUGCCUGGCUGUGCAGCACUAUGGCCAGUCUGCGACAUUUAACUAUGUGAUGGACAUCCUCAACAUGGUCUUCACUGCUGUUUUCACUGCGGAGAUGGUGCUCAAACUCAUCGCCUUCAAACCCAGGCACUAUUUCACUGAUGCGUGGAACACGUUUGAUGCCUUAAUUGUAGUUGGUAGCGUCGUUGAUAUUGCUAUCACUGAAGUGAACAACACGGAGGACAACGCUCGCAUCUCCAUCACCUUCUUCCGCCUCUUCCGAGUCAUGCGAUUGGUCAAACUGCUGAGCAGAGGGGAGGGGAUCCGCACCCUCCUGUGGACCUUCAUCAAGUCUUUCCAGGCUCUGCCAUAUGUUGCCCUUCUGAUCGCCAUGCUCUUCUUCAUCUAUGCUGUCAUUGGCAUGCAGGUGUUUGGGAAGAUAGCCAUGGUGGACGGCACCCAUAUCAACCGGAACAACAACUUCCAGACCUUCCCUCAGGCCGUGUUGCUGCUCUUCAGGUGUGCCACGGGCGAGGCGUGGCAGGAGAUCAUGUUGGCGUGUAUUUCGGGAAAGCUGUGUGACCCAGAGUCGGACUACAACCCUGGGGAGGAGAUGACCUGUGGCGCCAGCUUCGCCUACAUCUACUUCAUCAGCUUCUACAUGCUCUGUGCCUUCCUGAUUAUCAAUUUGUUUGUGGCGGUCAUCAUGGACAACUUUGACUACCUUACUCGCGAUUGGUCCAUCCUGGGUCCUCACCACUUGGACGAGUUCAAGAGGAUCUGGUCUGAGUACGACCCAGAGGCCAAGGGCAGGAUUAAACAUCUGGACGUGGUCACUCUGCUUCGACGCAUCCAGCCUCCCCUGGGCUUCGGCAAACUCUGCCCUCAUAGAGUGGCCUGCAAGAGACUGGUGGCCAUGAACAUGCCUCUAAACAGCGACGGCACCGUCAUGUUCAAUGCGACGCUGUUUGCGUUAGUACGCACCGCCCUGAAGAUCAAAACAGACGGUAAUCUGGAGCAGGCCAACGAGGAGCUGAGAGCCGUCAUCAAGAAGAUCUGGAAGAGGACCAGCAUGAAACUGCUGGAUCAAGUGGUGCCCCCUGCUGGUGAUGAUGAGGUAACCGUGGGGAAGUUCUAUGCCACCUUCCUGAUACAGGACUACUUUAGGAAAUUCAAGAAACGUAAAGAGGAGGGCCUGGUGGGGGUGCACGCCUCCCAGAGCAACACAGCCAUCGCUCUACAGGCUGGCCUUCGCACGCUACAUGAUAUUGGGCCCGAAAUUCGACGAGCGAUAUCAUGUGACCUGCAAGAUGAGGAGCUAGUAGACUUUAUUCCAGAGGAGGACGAGGAGAUUUAUAGGCGCAAUGGUGGCCUGUUCGGUAACCACAUCAACCAUGUGAACGGGGACCACCACCGGCGCUCGUCAGGGCAACAGACCAACACCACCCAGCGGCCCCUGCAGGUGCAGCCACCUCCGCACUAUGCCCACAUGGAGCAGCCGGUGGGGCGUCUCUGCCGGACCAACGUCAUGUCCCACCAGCACCCCAAUCAGCACCACCACCACCACAACUCCUCAUACGGCAAGUCGCCCAAGUCCACCAAUGUCAACCUGAACAACGCCAACGUGUCCAGUCUGCCCAACGGAGGAGGACACCACCACCGUUACUAUGAGUACACUCCGCCCCCCGCCAACGGUUACCCGGGACACGGCGGUGGCCUCUACUACACCGACUUCGACAAGCCGCCACCUCGCGGCACGCCGCAGGGACAAAGGCGCUACUAUGAGACCUAUGUUAGGUCCCACCGGGGAGACGCCCGCCUUCCCACCAUCCGGCGGGAGGAGUUUGAUGAUGACAGGUUCUCGGGAGAGUAUUACAGCGGGGAGGAGUUCUACGAGGAUGACAGCAUGUUGUCAGGAGACAGGAGGUCCUAUAUGGAACACGUGGACAGGUACCAGAACAGUGACACGGAGUACGAGACGCCGAGAGGCUACCAUCACCCCAACAGUUACUACAAUGACGAUGAGCAACCCCUCUACCAAGACGGAAGGAGGUCGCCUAAGAGACGGAUGCUUCCUGCCACGCCCCAAGGUCACAGGAGGCCCUCCUUCAACUUUGAGUGUCUGAGAAGGCAAGGCAGUCAGGACGAGCUGCCACACCAACGCACUGCUCUACCACUGCACCUAAUGCAGCACCAGGUGAUGGCUGUAGCAGGGCUGGACUCCAGCAGAGCCCACCAUCUCUCCCCCUCCCGCUCCACCCGCUCCUGGACUACUCCCCCCGCCACUCCGUCCAGUAAGGAGCAGUCGCCCUACUACACGCCCCUCAUCCGGGUGGAUCAACCCGGGAGCAGAGUGUCUGAAUCUCCUCUUCUCUUCGGGGAGAGUGCCGUCAGCAGCCAGGUGCCUCUGAGGAAGAGCUCUUGGUACACAGACGACCCAGAGUACUCCCAGGGGAUCUAUUCCCCCGUCCACCUCCAGGUGGCCCCGGAGUACCACCAGCAGCGCAAUCAGAAGAGCGCCACCAGCUUGGUGGAGGCGGUGUUGAUAUCAGAGGGUCUCGGGAGAUACGCCAUGGAUCCAAAGUUUGUGGCCGCCACCAAGCACGAGAUAGCGGACGCGUGCGAGAUGACCAUCGACGAGAUGGAGAGCGCGGCCAGCCACUUGCUGAGCGCUGGCGUGGCGCCGGCGGUUAACGGGGUCCACGUGUACCCCGUCAUGAGCGAGCGGGACUACGACCUCCAAGACGCCACAGCCAGUUAUAGUGAUGAGGAGCCGGAGGUGGAGCUUAGAGUGGUGUACGAGGAGGACCUGGCUGACGAGAUGAUCUGCAUCACCACUUUAUAGCAUCGGCUGGAGAAUAAACGACUAGAAGUGAACUUCUAGCUGUAUGUACUCUACUUAAUAUAGACUACAGCACCGACAGUGGAAAACCCAAUGAGAAAUGCAUCUAUUGGCUUACGACCAAAAGAAGUGCCUUUUACAUGGAAGAGAAAGGUACCUAUGAGGAGAGAGAGAGAGAGAGAGAGACACACUGGCUCCGCCCACUUAUCCUGUAACUCGCCCUCUGCCAGCCAGGGCAUUCACGUCAACGUCUGUCAAUCACAGGGCCAGGAACCAAUCCUGGUGCCAGGAAACUAUGCUAGUUCCGCCCUCCCAGACCGGCACUACUGGCACAUGGUGGACCAUGCCCGUAGGUCAUAGGUUACAGUCUGGAAGUGACACAGGCUCAUCAACGAGCCAGUCGCAGAUGAGAACAUGGAGUGUCAGCGGAGGAGGUGGACCUAUUGGCAGAGGGCGUGAGGUACCGGGCCGGGUCAUUAAGGGUGUUGACAAUCAGAUGAAAGAUGUCAUUCCCUCUGUCACUUUAUUAAGGUUUUGGCAUAUCAUGCAAGUUUUCAAUGCAAGCGUAGAAAGGCAUAUCUCCCCCACCUAACCCCCCUCCCCCUAGCUGUUUUAGUUUAAGAUUAACUAGUUUAAGUAUGCAGGAGAUAUCAGUCACAUUUAUAGCAUCAUCAAACCAGAAUUAUUCACUGAGUGGUUCAAACCCUGAAUGCUGAUUGGCUGACAGCAUUGGUAUAUCAGACCGUAUGCCACGGGUAUGACGAAACAUGUAUUUUUGCUGCUCUAAUUACGUUGGUAACCAGUUUAUAAUAGCAAUAAGGCACCUCGGGUUUGUGGUAUAUGGCCAAUAUACCACGACUAAGGGCUGUAUGCAGGCAUUGAAUUGUGCGUAAGAACGGCCCUUAUAGCCGUGGUAUAUUGGAAAUAUACCACACCCCCUCGUGCCUUAUUGCUUAAAUAUACACUUCUGAGGUGACUACUAGCAUUUGGGAUAAAUGCACUAGCAGGCAGGUUGUUUUUAGUCUUAGAAUAGCCUGAUAAUUAAUAUUUCAUAGUAGAUACACUGUAAAUGAAUUGUAUUAUAUUAACAAACAAAAAAAACUUUGUAAAGAGAUGUUCUAUAUUUUGUAAUGAUGUACCAUUUCAAAAGGUCAGCAAUACACGCCGUAAUGAGUCCUAUUAUGCUACCAGGAAAGACGUUUGCUGGUGUUAUUAUUUUAUUAGGUACAACAUUCUGAGAUGAAUUGGUCUUUUUCUUUGUUGUUGCUCAUAUGCAUCCUUGGCUUGUCUGUGAAAGCGUUUGGUUCUUGGUGUAACAACACAGCUGCACAAGAUAUGCAAAUGUUUUUUGUGUUUUUUUAACUUGUUUUAUGAGCGAGGGUAAGAACACUUUGUGCGCCCCUCCAACCACACCAGUACCACAACGUUAAGUCCCCCUUUUUACUAAGGGCAUCUUUGUUGGACUUGAAGUUAGCUAGGCUUCAAGGAGGCUACUCCACCUUAAUAAAGAUGUGAUGAUAAACAUUUGUGUUUGCAUAUGUUGUGCAGGGCAGGUGCACAGCACGGGAAGGUCAAAUGCUUUAGUGCAUUGACAACGCUGCUUCACCCAUUUUGAGAUUCAUUCUACAACUUCAUUCAUCUCAUCUAUCCCAACUGAAAUGCCUUCUGCUGCUGAAAGAAAACGAUAUGAUCGAAGAAGUGAGAUGAACGGGAAUCUCUGUCGUUCUCAAUGCUUGUGUUGGGAUUCUUCCUCAAUAUAUGAUUCAUGUCAGUUAAUUCCACCGAACCCUUUCAAACUGAAUCAUCCUAAUCACUUGGCCUUCAUGUUGUUGUUGCUGUGUGAGGCUUGUGACAAACUGAGCCUGUGUGAGCCAGGAUAGACCGGAUUGGCAUGGUAGCUGACUGGUGAGGCACGUAAUUCAUCAGGGGUGUUCACAGGACAGAUGAGACCUUAAUGAGGCAUCAUGGUCUAGGUGGGUCCACAGUCUCUGCCAUUGUUCUCUUUUUUUUCUGUUGUGUUGUCGUGUCUUAUUGGGUUUAAGCUGGAGAGAGGCUAAGCAAUACUAAACCCCACUCUUCUCGGCGUCUCUCUCUCCGGCUUCUCUCUGCAUACGCUAUACCACGUGGUGGUCCAGCACCGUCUGGGGAAAACAUAUCAGCCUCCCUCUCAACCAACCAGUCUCUUUCCCACAGCGAGCUUCUCCUUCCGAUGAGAAGGGAGCGUUUGUACUGCGGCUCGUUUUUACCAGAAAACUCCACUCUUGUGGCUCUUGACGAAAGUUGAAAAUUGAUGGACCACAAAAUGACUUUACGCAAACAGACAAAAAUAUAGACAACAAAGGAUCAAGCUUUUUUCCCCAGGCGCUGCCCUGGAGAUUUUGAAUAAGCUCAGACGAUGGGUAGGUGAGGAGACGUGUGAUCUGUAGUUCAUGAGGGUUUGAUUUGUAGUUCACGAGUUCGCAAUGCGUUCUCAGUCAACCGAAUACUGUCGUGAAAAUGUAGGUUUUCCACUUUGCGUGCACAUUGAAAGGGCUCUUUGAAUCAUUUGUGAGUUAAAAAUAAAAUAAAAAAGUGUUCUGGUCUUUUUGUUGAUAACUAUCUUGUGAAAGGACCAAUGUGAAUUCCAGGCACAUUGUACUAUUCGUAGCAAUUACUGAACUGAAAAUAUGCAUUGUUUUUUAAACACUUGUGUUAAGCAAAAGAUAAAACCAAUUUACUUUUACCUCAUGUCAGGGAUUCCUGAAAAAAGAAAAGAGAAAACGAGUUGGUUCUAUACCAAUGGUAUUUAAAUAUUAGCACAUAGCUGUUUGUCUUUGCACAAGUAACUGUAUAGUACCAAUGUUUCUCAUUUUUCUAUACAAAUGUUUGUGUAUUAAGGUGAGACAAUUUUGUACUUUUUUGUGACUGUGUGUAUGGUUUAGUGAAAUCUAUAUUUGUCAUUCACCUUACAUUGCUGGGACAGAAAUAUGAAAGAACCAAUGAAAUAAAACAUUUUCAAGGUGCACUGUUCCUCUGUUUGCGGGUUAAAAAUGGUAAUAUAACAGUUUACAGAGAAAGACUUGUUGCAUCGUUUUCAUUCUAUCAUUAUAAUUAUUAUGAUUACUAUUACUACUAUUACUGUUAUUAAAUAUGUAAUAAAACAAAUGUAUGGAAAGACCCGUGGCAAUGUUCUCUACUUGAAAGUCCCCAAACAUUUGCUCUGUGAUGUUUUUAUUCAGUAAACAUGAUUUCUCUUAGUAGCAAAUGCGUUAUUUUGACACAUUUUUUGUUGUAUUUUCCCAUUUUAUUUUGGCCUUGAAUUCAUUUGAAUCGAUAAUAUUUUAUUUUCUAAUGAUUAUUACUGAAUAAACUUAACACUGAAAUUCUG